UCGUAACCUUCCUUUUGGCCCAGCCUGGCCCAUAUACGGCCUUUUUCUUCCGUCUUUUUCCUCUCCCAUUUUCCCCCAAUUUUUCCACGAAGUAAUCAAGAACUGCAGUAGUCGAAGAUCGAAACCCUAACAAGUUCGUCGCUUCAGAAUUCACUUGCUUCAGGAUGGCUGAUCCAGAGCUGGAGGCCAUUAGGCAAAGAAGAAUGCAAGAGUUGAUGGCACGUCAGGGCAUGGGCAAUCAACAAAAUGCAGAGCAGCAGAAAGCUCAGGAAGAUGCUAAAACGGAAGCAGAAGAGAGGAGACAAUUAAUGCUCACCCAAAUCUUGUCUGCCCAAGCUAGAGAAAGGCUUGCUCGAAUUGCUUUGGUGAAACCAGACAAGGCAAGGGGUGUGGAGGAUGUUAUCCUUAGAGCAGCCCAGAUGGGACAAAUAGCUGAAAAGGUAUCUGAGGAGAAGCUUAUAUCAAUCCUCGAGCAGAUAAACACUCAAACAACCAAACAAACCAAAGUUACAAUUCAGAGGCGACGCAGUGUGCUGGAAGAUGAUGACUGAAUAAACAUUUCACGAUGGUGAUGCUCUAUAACAUGUGGCUAUAAAUGAUCAAGUUAUAAUGAUUGUAUUGUUAGAUUUGAACCUUAAAAUGGCACGGAAAAUGGUUUCCAAUGCUGCAAAUGCCUUUCACAACCUUUUGUCUGCUACAUUAUUAUGAUUGUCAUUGAAUUGUUAUUUAUCGGUAUUGGUAUUGGUAUGGGUAUUGGUGUGGAACCUCA